UCCCGCGUAAAAGUGGAGUGAAGAAGUUUAUAGUUUUUAAUGGUUUCAAGAUAUGGAUCCGGAUGAAAUAGAAUUUCUAGCAGAAUGUCAUCCCGUUAAAAUUUUACCAAAAUUUGCAUUACCACGUGUAUAUUUAAUAUCCGGUGAAGUAGGUCCGUUUGAACCAAACAAAUUAUUGGAGGUACCAAUAUGGCUAGCGGUAAAUUUAAAACAAAGGGGAAAAUGUACGAUUGUACCACCGUACUGGAUGAAUAUUGAAAUGUUAGAGCAAAUUAAGGAGAAUGAAAAGACUGAAAAAUUUUUUACUGCAAUGCCAAGUGAAUAUUACAUGGUCGAAGCAAAAUUGUUAUUAGGCUGUGCGGCUAGUGAUAUACCUCGAGCCGAAGAAAUUCGAACGAUUAUAAAAGAUAUAUGGGAUAUACGAAUGGCGAAAUUACGAACGUCUAUGGAUAUAUUUAUUAAAUCUACUGGACAAUUUGCUCGACUAAAUCAUCUUACAAUUAUGGAAAUUAAUUCUGCACGGCCGCUUUUACCCCAUGCACUGGAUCAAUUGGAUCGAUUGAGUGAGAGAUAUCAACAACGAACGCAAUCUCAAGGGAGCACAUCUUUUUCGAAUACAUUUACCAUGCCCUAAUUAUUUAAGUAAGUUUGUAUAUAAUUUUCUAGGCUAAG